AUGAAGAUCUUCACAGCUGAAAUAGCGCUACUAGCGUGUCUAGUCCUUGGGGCAAGGAAAGGAUCCAGCAGCCUGCUAACGGAGGAUUGCGGCAUCACCAAGCACCCAUCGAGAGUUCGGCGGGUAGUUGGAGGUGAAGAUGCCGACAGGCUCGCCAAUCCCUGGAUGGCCUUGGUGCUCGGUCAAGGAGAAUCCAUCUGUGCCGGUUCGCUCAUCACCCACCUUUUUGUGCUGACUUCAGCGACUUGCGUCACAUCGUCGCCCAAACAAGUGGUCUUGGGCGAACACGACAGAAACUGCACUUCUGCGGAUUGCAUGUCCAGUCGCCAAGUGAUUGACGUCGACUCCCGGUUUAUUCAUGAUCAAUUCCGUAUGACUAGCGUAAACAAAAAAUAUGAUAUUGGUCUUAUUCGGUUGGCAAGGGAGGUGUUGACCUCAGACUAUGUCAGGCCGAUUUGCCUGUCCGUUGAUCUUCGAGUGGGACGUUUUGCUCGAUUCUACACUGCCACCGGUUGGGGCAGAACCUAUUUAAGCGACACAAUCAAGAUUCUGCAGAAAGUCACUCUGAGGAAGAUCGGUAGAACGUCUUGCACGGACAGGUUAGGGAUUAAACUCGAUGCAUCCCAGAUAUGCGUUGGCGGUUUCGGCAGGGGCCCUUGUUCUGGGGAUUCUGGAGCCCCUUUGACCGUGGGUGGUGGAAAAUCUCGGAAUUUCCUGGUCGGCAUUGCCAGCAUGGGCACUUCAUCUUGCAGUACAGUCGUCGUUUACACAAAUGUCGAGCACUAUAUGGACUGGAUUGUAAAUACUAUUCACGAAAGCAAUAUGCUUUAA